ACUCGCACCCCGGACGCUGUGUGAGGGGAGCGGGGUGCGUGAAUUGAAAAGGCAUUCUCUGCUUCUCUCUUGUUGAAGGAAUUUUAGUUGGGCUGAUUUGAGAAGAAUGAGAGAAGGAAGUAUAAAUUUGCUCCUCUUCUAUUGCUUUGGAAAUCCUUCUUGAUAUCCAAUUGUGCCGGUCCACCUUGACUGUGUCUUGAGAAACUGCAACCUUACUUCGCUCUACUCUUUGAAUUCGCCUUGUCUGCUUGAUAUAUCCCGGAGGAUAACUGCCUAUUCACAGCGCUCAAAGUGUCUCGCAGCCGAGAAAUCGUCGAUAUCUUUCAUAGACCCACUCUCCAUCCCCAAUCAUGGCCUCAGUCGCCCAAGACACUGCUGCCCUCCAAGACAUUGAGACCCUCGUCAAAACUGACGUUGCCACCGUGAUAGCUGCUGAAAUCACCAGCCAAAUCAUCUCCAGGCCUCCCUUCCUCACUAUCCCCGGCGUCUUCAACGUCCGUGAUAUCGGCCAGCCCACCGGCACUCCCCCAGUUCGCACCAACUUCCUCUUCCGGUCCGGCCUGAUCUCCUCCAUCAACGACGCCGGCAAGAUCAAGCUCGCUUCCGAACUCGGUGUUAAAAAGGUAUUCGAUCUGCGGUCCGCGGGCGAGCGGGAGAAAUUGGGUGUUCCGCAGAUUGAAGGGGUGGAUAUCUGGUGGUUGCCGCCGGCGCAAGACCCGCGGCCGGUUGUGUUCAGCGAGUUUGGUGCAGAGGAUGGUGGGUUGAACGCCAUGUUGGAUAUGUAUAAAGAUAUAUUGAUCACCCAUGUACCUGUGUUUAAGGAGGUGUUUGGACAUAUCAAGGAUGAGGCGGACAAGCCUGUUUUAUUUCAUUGUGCAGCUGGGAAGGACCGUACUGGAGUGCUCACGGCGCUGAUCUUGCGCCUUGCGGGUUGUGCUCCUGAUAUUAUCGCGCGAGACUAUACGCUCACUCGUAUUGGAGUCGAGCCCGCUCGCGACAUCAUCUUGAAAGAUCUCCUUUCGGGCAUGUUCACGUCUGACCCGGCCAUGCAGAAGGGUGCUGCCGGACUGUGCAGCGCCAAUUAUGAAACCAUGAUUCGGUUCCUUGAAGAUCUGGAGAAAAACUACCAGGACGGUGCGGAGGGAUAUGUUAAGAGCGUGUUGGGGUUUUCUGACGAUGAUGUCGUGAAGAUUAAGAAGAACUUGACUGCUUAAUAAACUGGUAAUUGGAGGGCACGCAUUCUCCGGGAUUUUCCCUGUGAUGCUACCAUC